AUUUCCCGAUUAGUUAUAACAUAUUUCUGCAACAGGUGAAAGUUUUAUUAGUCUCAAGAAGUCGUGGGGGUGACAAGUUGUUCGAAGUAAUUUCUGAUGUUUAGAGCGGAUUUGACCUUAGACCCACAAUAUACCUUCAAAAUGGCACUCAGUACAUUACUCAACCACACAAACAUCAUCUCAACCAUAUCUGGCGGAAUAUUCGCCGGUGCUGCUGCAUACAUAUCGUUUUCUGAAGUGCCUGCACUGAACAAGUCCGGUCCCAACGAAUUAUGGCGAUUCUUUCCGUAUAUGUACAGCAAUGCUGCAAAAAUGCAAGCGUCUCUAGCUGUUAUCAGUGGAACCACUGGCAUCAUUUAUUCGUUACGAAUGGCUGAUCCUUCAGCCGGUCAAGUCUGGUUAGGUGCAGCAUUGUGUUUUGUCGGUAUCGUGCCUUACACAAUAUUUUUGAUGAUGCCGACGAAUAAGCGAAUUAUCGAAUCGAACAAAACGUUGGAAGAUGAAGCAGAAAAGACGGCAUUGCUGACCAAAUGGUCUAAAUUGCAUCUUGUACGCACUGUUGCGUCAGUAGCCGGUUUCAGUACAAUGGUUUAUGCGUUGGUAAAGUAUUCUUGAUUUAUUUCUAUAUGUAAGACGAUAUGAUCGUUCAGAAUAAAAGUUUUUACGGUGAUUGGAA